AUGCCUGCCAACUACACGUACAUGGACCCAUCCGAGCUCGUGGCCCUCCUCGAUGACGGGGAGCGGUGCGCUAGCGUUGCCGUCAUUGACUGCCGCGAUGACGACCGUGCCGAAGGCUUUAUUGUGGGCUCCGUUCAUUUUCCAUCGAGCUCGCAGUUGGAGCGACGCAUCCAUGAACUUGCGGCCUCCCUGGAGGAAGAGGGUCGGACUGUGAUUGUCUUUCACUGCUCUUUUUCGCAGGUUCGAGGCCCAAGGGCGGCCAACCGAUUUGCCGCUGCCUUGCGUGAGAAGGCGAUAUGCACGCUCUCCGUGUAUGUCCUGCGUGGCGGGUGGAACUACUUUUACGCCGUAUACGGCGUGAGCAGACCGGAGCUAAUCGUCCAGUGA